AUAUUUUGGUAACAUUAAAACACUUUUUCGAAAAACAGUUAUCAACACUGUAGACGAUGUUCAAAAAGUAAUUAAUAAGUCGACAAAAAAUGAUACCAAUAAAGGAAUACGUUAUAAUAAUG